UCUCUCUCGGUGCCGCCGCCUCCUUCCCCCAAACCCCCACCCCAAAAGCCUACCCCGCCGGCACCCGCGUGCCGCUCCCGCCUUCCUUACGCGCCGGCGCCGCCCCGCGCAAAACUCCUCUCAGAACCCACCGGAAAAGCGGGGGGAUACAGAGGGCGAUGGCGUCGUCGGAAGGGGAGACGAAUCGGCUGUGGCGCAUCCGACGCACGGUGAUGCAGAUGCUGCGCGACCGCGGGUACAUGAUCCAUGAAACCGAGGACAUCGGCCUCAAAAGGGCGGCCUUUGUCGAUCGCUACGGCGACCCCGUCCGCCGCGACGACCUCGUCAUCAACCGCUACAAGAAGGACGACCCCGCCGACCAGAUCUACGUGUUCUUCCCGAACGAGGCCAAGCCCGGUGUGAAGACGAUCAGGAACUACGUCGAGAAGAUGAAGCAGGAGAACGUCUUCGCCGGCAUACUCGUCGUGCAGCAGGCGCUCAGCGCGUUCGCACGCAGCGCCUUGCAGGAGGUCUCCCAGAAGUACCAUCUGGAGGUCUUCCAGGAAGCUGAGCUUCUUGUGAACAUUAAGGAGCAUGUCCUAGUGCCGGAGCACGAGCUCCUGACACCGGAUCAGAAGAAGACGCUGCUAGAGCGAUACACUGUGAAGGAAACCCAGCUCCCCCGGAUUCAGAUUACAGACCCAAUAGCAAGAUACUACGGCAUGAAGCGUGGGCAGGUCGUGAAGAUCAUCCGAGCCAGUGAAACUGCUGGAAGAUACGUCACCUACCGCUACGUUGUCUGAACUUCCCCUACAUUCUCAUGGCUUGAGCUUCUGCCGUGAACCAUCACCAAGUGAAAAUUCUCCCCUAGUAGCUAAUCUCGCUGUGUAUUUGAAACAUUGUUGCCGCCGAGAACCCGAAGUGCCUUCAAAGUGCUCUGGUGCUUUUCCCUGAGAACUGAUUGAUGUUACGCCGUUUUAGCACUAGAAUUAGUUUUCCUGUACUGCAGCCGUGUUCCAUCUCAUUUUAGUGAAAUCAUUGCUCUGAUUUGAAGAGGACAAGCA